GAAGCAAAAUUGACUUGAUUGCAUCAGCAUUGGGCUUGGUGGGUUGAAGAAUUCAAUGGAAGUUUUAAGCACCAGAAGGAAAUACUAUAAGUCCUUGCUAAAAGAGAUAUGGUAGAUGGUUUUGAUGAAAAGGGGUGAUGAACUGCAUGGGAUGGUAUCAAAGAACAAAAUCUGGAAAUAUGGUCCUUAGGUACGUGUUAGCGGGAUAUAUUCCCUAAACCAAUUCACGAUUCUUGGUGAGAGAAAAAAUAUUUCUCCCCGGUGGCCUGCGUCUCUUCUUCAAAUGGGAUAUGGAUGUAAAGCCUCUCAGUGCCACUUCGCUAGAGGCUAUUUCUCCCCGGUGGCCUGCAUCUCUUCUUCAAAUGGGAAAUGGAUUUAAAGCCUCUCGGUGCCACUUCGUGAGAGGUUUUGUGCUUAGGGGGUACUGUGAAAGAGUCGAAGGUGGAUGCAGCGAAAAUCAGACCACCAGCAUAACAAUGUAUUCGCUGCAGCAGGAAACUAGAACAAGUAAUUACAGCCUAGCACAGCAGAGACGGCACAAUGUGAGCAUUGGAAAAGACACAACAAUAGAUGGAGAGGGAUCAAUCCGAGCUUUGGUGGAGAGUCCCGACGAGACGAACUGCUGGAAGGGAAAUGCAAGAACAUUGGCCAGGACAUUGAGGAUAUCGAUGCGAAGCAGUAGAGCUUGAGAAUAUAGUUGUACAACUCUUACAAUUUGCAACAUAAACGACCUUUGUGAAAGCUCUAAACCAAAUGUUCUCUACAAUAAAUGGAUUCAUGUGGCGGGCUAGAGCUACUAAAUGUUACCAAUCUUACUUUUUUUUUAAUUGACUGGAAAAAAUAAACUGCUCUUUUGGGUUUGAGUACCAUGAUAUUUGUUUGGCGAUAUUACUAGACAGUACAAAGGGCUUCUUUGUCGGUAAAAGAGCAAAAUGUCCAAAGAGAAGGCUAAGAUCCCUUUGCUGGGUUGUAACAUCUGUUGUAUGCCUCCCUAUACUCUGUAAUAUUGUUCUUUAGUCUUCUAAGAGAAUUGUAUGUUCCAU